GCGUGUGAGGGCAUCUCUCCAUGUGCAUGUCUUCUGUUGCUUAUGACUGUGAGAGAGAGAGAGCGAGAGGGCCGCGGGGAAGCAUGAGGAGUGUGCUGCUGGAAGAGCCAAAAGUCGAACUUUUUUUUUCUUGUCGAAGGACCGGUGAAUAGUUCCGCGCGAAAGAGGAAGCGGGCAUUGACAGCACAACAGGGAUGUCUGCAGCAAUGGCAAACGCGUCUCUCUCUGUGGCAGCUCCUCUGCGACUCUCAAGAGCAUCUAAGUUUGUCUCUCCGGGGGCGGAAGGGGCCACCGAGGUCUCCCAGGACAAUUGCCCACUGUCCUUUGGAGGGGUGAGGGCCAGAGAGAGUGCUCUGGGGGCUGCGAAAUGUGGCACAGCCGCUGGCAGGGGGCGGCGCGGGGAUUGGGACUCGGCUCGGCAAAGUCUGAGGUGGGAGACGUGUCAAUGUGAGCGAACUGUGAAGGGAGCGACUUGCCUCAUGACAGCGGCACCUCUGAAGACCACCAGUGGGGUUAUGUCGGUGGGUGAUGGAACGCUGACUCGGUUGGGGACAGUCCCCCUAAGGCAGGGAGAGCAGAAACAGAGACACGCAGCAGCUCUCGCAGCGAGUGCAGGCGCGACAGCGGCGGCAGAGCGACCAAUGAGCGGCACCCCACCAUCUCCAAGUGAGUUGGUUGAUUCCUUGCUGGAUGUGCAGCUGUCUGCUGGGACCUCUGGGACCACUGGAGAGGACGUCUUUGUUGGGUCUCCAGGUGCCAUUGCUCUCAGAAGAGAGUGUAAGGAGGCGUUGGAGGGUCUGCGAUGGCCCACCAACAAGGAUGAAGAAUAUAGGUUCACAGAUCUGAGGUCAUUACUGAAUGAGGCCGUCCUUAGCCAGAUCAUUCAAACUCAGGUCAGGCAAAGCGGUAAUCCGCCAACGACAGAAGAAUCCCGAUCUGGAUUCGAGGCAUUGAUAGAUAUGCCCUGCUGCGAGCUUGAGGAAGCAAGCAGCAGCCGUGUGGUUGUCGUCGAUGGUGUGCUGAGCCCAUCGCUGUCUUCGAUCGAAGCAUUUGACGAGGGCGAUGUCAUUGUGGACAGGGCUUCCAAUCUCUCUGAGAUGGCUUACAGCCGGUUUGUGGAACCUCAUCUCGGACGGCUUCACAAGAGUGUCGGCGACAGCGAUAGGAAGCUCGACGUCUUUACGCUGAUCAAUGGCGCCGCUGUUAGAGAUGUCACAGUGGUUGUGAUUCCUGACGGACUGAAGCUGCAAAUGCCGAUACAUAUUGUCUACUACUCGUCCUGUGCGCGGAUAGACGGUGGGGGGGUGAACCUGUCAAAUCCCAGAACACUUGUCGUGGUUGGGAAAGAUGCAGAGGUUGAUGUCGUUGAAGAGUUUGUCGGCGACUCCACAGGAGGGUACUGGUCCAACUCGGUGCUUGAGUGUGUGCUGGAAGAGGGAGCAACGCUGCGGCAUGGGUAUGUGCAGGAGCAGGCUCGCGGUGCAUUCCACAUCAAGAGGACGGCUGUCACACAGAAAGAAGCAAGCAGUUAUUCCGUGGUUGAAGUGGGCAUAGGAGGACAGGUAACACGGCAUAAUCUCCAGAUCUUUCAGCUGGGACCGGACACAAACACGUCUGUGUCAACGUUCAUGCUCGCUGGCCACAAACAACUGCAUGACCUGCACAGCAGCAUCGUGCUUAAUCAYCCUAGAGGAAAGUCCAAYCAGCUUCACAAAUGCAUCGUUACCGACUCCACMGGGCAUGGYGUYUUUGAUGGGAACGUGAGAGUSAACAGAUAYGCACAGCAAACAGAUGCAGGCCAGCUUAGUAGAAACCUUCUUCUAGCACCACGAGCAACAGUGAAUGUGAAACCGAACUUGCAGAUCAUUGCGGAUGAUGUGAAAUGCACUCAUGGUGCCACAGUUAGUGACCUUGAAGAGGAACAACUUUUCUAUUUCCGCGCUCGAGGAAUCGAUGCAGUUUCGGCUAGAAGUGCGCUUGUCUUUUCAUUUGGGGCCGAGGUUUUGGAAGAGUUCCCGUACGAGGAUUUAGCAAAGAGACUUGAGGGGACUGUGAAGAGAGCGCUUGCCGAGGAGGGAGUUCCAAGUCGUCGUCGUGGUGUGUGAAAACGCCGUGGCUCUGCACCAUUGUUGAGGGUCAUGACAUUUCUGUGGUCUGCAGUUCUAGGGGAAAAAACGGCAAGAGGAGCUGGGCGAAAGGAAAGGAGCGAGGGCAGGCUGGGAAGAAACACCAAGGCUGGCUGGCUUUGGUAGAUAAAUACACACUCUAGGUAGAUAGGUUUAAAGCACAAGUACAUCCUGCUAUCAGCCGUGGGCGCCUGUCAGAAUCUGAAAAGCGCCGCAGGCCACGGAGUUUUUUUUUUUAAUCGACGGUGCGCCUGCGUCGUCUUUUUCGGAUGGCACCUCGUAGGCGACGAGCUUCUUUUCAGCAAGGCUGGGGCCGUGUACUAGCUAGCGGUUUAACGUUUUACAUUCAAGGAACAUAUUUCUCCUUCAGAUUUUGCAGCAAGGAUCAUUUCCAUUCCACUUGUGCCGCAACCACUUCUUGUACUUUCUGGUGAAUUGUCCAUCCAUGCCUUAUUUAAGAGAUGAAAAUUGAAAAAUGGCAAACGCAGAAAUUUGGGAGAGUGAACAGAUGCCGUUUUGCUGGCUUUGACUGAACAACCUGGUUGGCUGGGUAGUUGCGGCGAGUGUAAGAUUGUAAAUAAGUACAACAAAGUUAGUAAAAAAAAAUACAAAAU